AUGUUCAAACUCAGAAAUCAAAGAUUGAUUACUGCAUUUAUAUCUAUUGAAUCCCAAACUUUCUGCUCUGUUGCUUCUCCCUUAUCAGUUCUUGAUGAUGGCCAAUCCCAUGAACACAACACCCCAAUUCUCAGUACCCAAGUUCAAGAAUCAUCAUUUCUGGACCCAAGAUUCUACCUUUCUGCCCUAAUUAACUGUAAAAAUCUGCAACAGAUUAAAUCCCUUCACACCCAAUUGUAUGAUGAUGGCUUGCUCAAUGAUCUUUAUAUACUUAACAAGCUUUUGUACAUGUAUGUACGUUACAAUGGAGUGGAUGAUGCCUAUAACCUAUUCGAUAAAAUGCCUGAAAGAAACCCGGUUUCUUGGAGUGUUAUGAUUGGUGGAUUUGCUAAGGCUGGGAAUUAUAAGAAAUGUUUUGAGACAUUUAGGGAAUAUAUCAGGUCUGGGGAACAGCCAGAUGUUUACACCUUGCCCUCUGUGGUAAGAGUUUGUAGGGAUAGAUUGGAUCUCAAAAUGGGGAGAUUGGUUCAUCAAAUUGUGCAUAAAUUUGGAUUGAACAUGAACACUUUUAUUUGUGCAGCGAUUGUCGACAUGUAUGCAAAAUGUGGGGUCAUCGAUGAUGCAAGAAAGCUAUUCAAUAUGAUGACGAAAAGAGAUAUUACGACCUGGACCGUCAUGAUCGGUGCCUACACUGCUUGUGGGAAUGCUAGCGAAUCAUUAGUUUUGUUUGAUCAGAUGCAAGAAGUUGGUAUUGUGCCCGAUAAGAUUUCCAUGGUGACAGUAGUAAAUGCUUGUGCAAAAUUAGGCGCUAUGCAUAAGGCUAAACAUGUGCACGAUCUUAUAAGGAGACAAUACCGCUCAUUAGACGUGAUUCUUGGAACUGCAAUGAUUGAUAUGUAUGCAAAAUGUGGAAAUCUUGAAUCUGCUCGAGAGAUAUUCAAUGGGAUGAAAGAAAAGAAUGUUAUUUCUUGGAGCACGAUGAUUGCAGCUUAUGGGUAUCACGGGAAAGGUCAAAAAGCACUCGAAUUGUUCCCUAUGAUGUCAAAAACUGGAAUCACACCAAACAAAAUCACCUUUGUUUCGCUUCUUUAUGCUUGUAGUCACUCCGGUUUGGUUGAAGAAGGCCUUCAGGUUUUCUCGCAGAUGCAAGAAAAAUACUUCAUAAAACCGGAUGUGAAGCACUAUACGUGCAUGGUUGAUCUCUUGGGCCGAGCUGGAAGACUCCAUCAAGCAUUCAAUUUGAUUGAAAAUAUGACAGCCGAGAAAGACGAAGGUCUAUGGAGUGCGUUACUCGGAGCCUGUAAAAUCUAUAAUCACGUAGAAAUGGCACAAAAAGCAGCCGAAUCUCUUCUUGAAAUCCAGCCUCACAAUGCCAGUCACUACGUGUCACUUUCUAACAUUUACGCCAAAGCCGGGAAGUGGGAAAAUGUGGCCAAGAUUCGGACACAAAUGGUUAGCCAAAACUUGAAAAAGACCCCUGGUUGGACAUGGGUUGAAGCACGCAACGAUUUCCACAGAUUUUGCAGUGGUGAUCACACACAUAGUGAAUCGAAGGCGAUCUACGAGAAACUUGAUAGUUUGAUACAGAAGUUGGAGUUGUGUGGUUAUGUUCCUGAUACAAAUUUUGUGUUGCAUGAUGUUAAUGAGGAGCUUAAACUGGGAAGCUUGUAUGCACACAGUGAAAAGCUUGCAAUUGCAUAUGGGAUUAUCAGUACACCAGAGAAAAGUCCAAUCCGUAUGACGAAGAAUCUCCGGGUUUGCGGUGAUUGUCAUACGUUUAUCAAAUUUGUAUCGACUGUCGAGAAAAGGGAAAUAAUUGUCCGGGAUGCAAAGCGGUUUCAUCAUGUUAGUGAAGGUGUUUGUUCGUGUGGCGACUAUUGGUAAGCCGUUAGAUAUGAAGUAUUAUCGAGACUAGAGAUGCAUAAGAACCGGCACCGAAAGUUGUAAUAA